AUGGCAUCUCAAGCAGAACUUAGCAUGGAUUACAAGCCCUACAGCUAUUCCACACUGCUGAAAUCCUUUGCAGACCAAACUGAUCAGACCUACAAGCUCGAAGAAUUUCUCUCUCGCUUAGAGGAGGAACGUCUCAAGAUUGAUGCCUUCAAGCGCGAGCUUCCUCUCUGCAUGCAACUCCUCACAAACGCUGUGGAAGCUUCAAGGCAGCAACUACAGGCCUUCAGGUCAAACCAAGGCACAAGGCCAGUUCUUGAAGAAUUCAUACCCAUAAAGCAUCCAAGUUCUCAAGAAAACACUGACAAGGCAUCAAACAUAUCAGACAAGGCGAAUUGGAUGAUAUCAGCUCAAUUAUGGAGCCAAGCAAGCGAAGGAACCAAACCAAAAUCCGCAAUCACAUCAUCAAAAGAAGGUGCUGAUACAGGGUUUAGCGUGAGCCCUAAGCUAACCCUAGACAACAUACAUAGGAAUGGGGGAGCCUUUUUACCAUUCUCAAAAGAACGAAACUCAUGCCAAGGAUUAAGGGGUCUUCCUGAGUUAGCCCUUGCCUCUUCUGAGAAUGAAAUGGAGGAGAAGAAAUGUGAAGAGGCAGAAAAAUGUUCCCAAAGGGAGAAUUCAGUCAAAGGAGGGAGUUGUGAGGGGAUUGUUGAUCAGGGGAAAAGUGCUGCAGUUGCAACUGCACAAACAACAUGUAAUACAACCAACACUACUGGACAAACUCAUAGGAAAGCAAGAAGGUGUUGGUCACCAGACUUGCACAGUCGAUUUGUUAAUGCUCUUCAGAUGCUUGGUGGAUCUCAAGUGGCCACCCCAAAACAGAUUAGGGAGUUGAUGAAGGUUGACGGUUUGACCAAUGAUGAAGUUAAAAGCCAUCUCCAGAAAUAUAGGCUUCACACUAGAAGACCCACCCCAAGCCUACAACCAGGAGCACAACCACCACAGCUUGUAUUCCUUGGAGGAUUUUGGGUGCCACCGGAAUAUGCCCCGGCUGCUGCACACUCCGGUAGUCCAACGCUCUUCAGCCCACAUGCUACCUCACAUGUGCCACCGCCACACUACUGUGCAGCCACCCCAGUGUCCCAAGAUUUCUAUAACUCAAAUCCAUCACUAUCAUUGCCGCCACCACACGGCCACACUCUUCAUCACCACCAUUUUCACAUGUACAAGACAGCACCACUGACCCAAAGCUCUCCAGAAUCAGAUGUUCGAAGCGGUGGUGGCGACCGAUCUGAGAGCAUUGAGGAUGGGAAGUCGGAGAGCGGCAGCUGGAAAGGAGAGAGUGGAGAGAAGAAAGGGUUGGCAGCACUAAGAGACCAAGAAGGGGAAGAGAGCACUGGGAGUGAGAUCACUCUUAAAUUCUAG